AUGAGCUUCAAAAGGUUCCAGUUUGUCACUUUGGCUGUGGUGGCAGUGGUGACUGUGGUGUUGACGCAAUCCUCGUACUGUUCAGACUCGUGGAACCAGAAACGUUCAGGUUUAUAUGGAGCCGUCGCCUCCGAUUCCGAAGUGUGCUCAAAGAUCGGUGCUGACGUCAUCCGUGACGCCGGGACGGCCAUUGACGCGGCCAUAGCAACACUGAUCUGUCUUGGUGUUAUUCAUCCCCAUUCUUCAGGAAUUGGUGGCGGAGGGUACAUGUUGCUGUAUAAACGAGCCACCAAGACUGCGACAUAUUGGGAUUUCCGAGAAACUGCCCCUGGUGCAUCGACACCUGAUAUGUUUGUGAAGAGAAGUUGGAAGAGUAAAAAGGGUGAGUGUUGGAGGCAGGGGGGAUUAAGGUAACUGUGCAUUGUAUCUAUAUGUACAACUGGAAGCACUGAUGACUGGUGGGGCAUUAUGUCUCCACCACACAUUCCAGUAUAGCGUGCAAAGUUCAUGAAUAGAUCUUCGGUAAAUUUAAUUAGAUACUUGGAUCAUGUUAUACGGAAUUCUGGUAAACAUCUGGCCCAGGAAAAUUUUAAUUUAUGCCAUUCUCUUAUUCUUCUUAUUUAGGUGAACUGUCAGUCGCUGUGCCAGGAGAAAUACUUGCUAUGUACAAUGCAUGGAAAACACAAGGACGGUUACCAUGGAAACGCCUUUUUCAACCAACUAUUGACUUAGCGAGCAACGGUUUCAAAAUUGACGAACCAUUGGCGAAGGUUAUCAAAAGUACCACAAAAGGCAUCUUUAAAGAAAAAGGUUUCAGGUACGUUUGCUUUGCAUCUUUAGUCAGUAUACUUUUACAUUAAAAACUCUUUUUUCUUUUUUUUUUCUCUCCAGAUUAAAGGCUAGUUUACAGUAUCAAAGUUCCUUCAGGGAACUGACUCAGAGUCAAACACUAAGUCAGUUCGCUCAAAUGUCUUGGAAAUCCUUCAAAAAAUUGAAUUUACAUAUGAAAAUAGCGUGGGAUCACAGAAACUUUGAUAGUUUAAACCAUCCUUAAAAUCCACCAAUUGUAUAAAAGUUUCUGUUGUGGUUCCCAUUAUACAGGUGCUUGAUCAUUGGAGGCCGAAUAGAUAGUUGCAGUGGACACAAAAAAUAUUAAAAUUGUUUAAAACAUAUCACAUUUCUGGAAAAAUCUAACAACUCUUUGGUAGCAAUAAGUGUUGCAAGAGACGCAUUAUAAUCUUGAGUUAAAAGUAGUUGCAUUCAUAAGCUUUGGUAUUUAUGUAUGUCGUCGUGCUCACAAUUCACCUGUUUUGCGCAUUCUCCAGGAACAGGGUAUCAAAAUGUAGUACUAUGUCUUGUUUCCAAUUUUGCUCGUAGUCAUUUGUAGCUUAGUAUUUAGUGCAAUCUAACAUUUUUAAUAUGUCCACAAAGAGAAGUUUACUUCCAUGAAGAUGGAACACCAAGGAAUGAAAGCGAGAACAUAACAGACCCAGUUUUUGCGAAAACCUUGACAGAGCUUGCAGAGGAUCCUUUCAGCUUCUAUAACGGCUCAAUUGCCAGAGAAAUGGUCAAAGACAUUCAGGACCGUGGUGGGAUACUGUCUUUGGAAGAUUUGCAAAAUUUUAAAGCAACAACACGACGUGUGCUGUCGAGCUUUGUGAACGAUGACAUUUUGUAUACGACCUCAGCUACAUCGAGCGGCUCUACCUUGAUUAUGAUACUGAACAUUUUGAAAGGUCAGUUCCUCCUAAAAAUGUUACUCACGCUGUAGAAUAUUACUCUGGUUUCCAACUAUGGACCAGAAAGGCCGGAUAACCAAUUUACAAUGGAACUCGAGGAAGUUCAGUUAAGAAUUGGGUAUAUAGCUAUCCAGUAUUACUAAAGUUAGUUAAGUUUAGGUUUCCUCCUGUAGUAAUGUGCACUAGGUCAAUAAAGGAUGUCCCUGUUCGACUCGGUAGUUUCGGUAUACGGUUAAAGCCAGUUUUCCACUUCGACCGUAUCGUAGCGUACCGUAGCAUUUUCUUUUGUGUCGAAGUCAUUAGUUCCACACUACCGCUCAGGAAACAAAGAAAUACGCUACGUUUCGAUACGAUAUACGAUUGAAGUGGAAAACCAGCUUAAGUUCAGUUUUUUGAACUUGUAUGGCAACACAAUUAUGCUUUCUUUAUUUAGGAUUCAAGUUCACUCCAGACUCUAUAUCCGCCAACAAUGUCGUACAAACAUGGCAUCGUAUCAUCGAGGCAGUCAAGUUUGGCUAUGCAUAUCGACCAUUUCUCGGUGACCCGGAUUUUCAUCCAGAAGUUGAAGAGGUUGGUAAUGUACAUAUUUCCCGGAUUUUAGCAAGACAUUUUUUUGAUAAAUACCUUCGCCAAAGCUUCACGUAUUUACGUAGGUUCUUUGCAGAUUUUGUAAACAAGGCAUUUAAUAAUUAAGCAAACAGUUCUCUAAGUGUGCCCCCCCCCCCGCCCAUUUCUGUUGAAUAUGCUUCAGGUAACACCAUUCAUUGUAAUGGUUAAGAUCGUACUCAGUCAGAACUGCAAAACUAUAUAAAACAAGCCGCUCGAAAGAGCGUUUCCUUUUGGGGUCUAGCUAUACAACCUGUCCCCUGUUGCAAAAUUGCGGUGUGCCAAGUUUAGCUCUGCACCGCUACCAUAGCAGAUGUUUUUUUAAUCUAUCAUGAACCGAUGAACGUCCGGAGAAUUUAUAGAAAUUAGCGCCUCCUCAUGGAAACAGUUCCAUUGGCACUGGUUAUUAACAAGCCUUUCACAAAUUUUCAACAAGCUGAGAACAUGCACCCAUCUCGAUAACAAGUCGCUGAAACAGUGUCGGUACAAAUCUGUUGCAGGUUUGCUACUGGUUGUGCUGUUUUUCCGGUUUAGUUUAUGAAAGUAUCUUUGGCUUUUUCAGAGUAUAGAUCUUCAGAUCAAUGCUACUUAUGCCGAAGAAUUACGUCAGAAGAUAUGGGACAACACCACACACGAUCCCUUGUACUAUGGAGGAUUUUACGAUCCAAUGCCAGAUUUUGGUACGACACAUUUAUCUGUGAUUGGUCCUACUGGUGAUGCUGUGUCUGUCACAAGCACCCUUGGACGAGAGUAAGUUUCUCUUUCAAAUGAAAUACUUUUUUAUACUGGAUAGAUCUGUCAGUUCUAAACUGUUUUCCCCAGAGGUCCAAAUAAGGAUUAUAAUUGUCUUACCUAUCGUAGAUAGCUUGAUUUGGCAAACAUGGUUAAAUAAAGUUUUCACUUAUAUAGAUACAGAUACAUAUACACACACAGGGGUAUGCUGCAGCAAGCGACAUUACGACUUCAAAGCACCCCUGUAUGUGAAGACACUAUACUGCGAGUGUGAAACGUUGAGUUGCAAGCGUAAUCUUUACCUAUAAUUAACCAGAAUAACGAAACAUAUUUGAUAUGAAACGUUGCUGGCGUAAAAAAGUUUUUUCAUGUUGUUUGCUGCUGAAUUGUGACUAAUGUGUUUGUUAUACUAUUUUGUUACAGCUUUGGCGCAAAGAUUCGUUCAUACAGGACAGGGAUAGUUUAUAAUAGUCACAUGAGUACCUUCUCUUCACCCAACACAACCAGGUCCUAUCAACCCAAACCUUCAAAAGCCAACUACAUCGAGCCAGGAAAACGUUCUGUCUCUACCGCUUGCCCCACCAUUGUGGUGGAUAAGGGUGGAUCGGUAAAGAUGGUUGUGGGAGGAUCGGGUGCUUUAAGGAUCACAUCUGGUGUACCCAUGGUAAGGAAUUUAGUAUUAUUUAACCUAAAUGUCAUGCCUUUCGAAAAUAAAGCCCUGAGGCGUCAAAAGUAUGUGCCGCCCACUUUGUUAUUUUCAGUAAACAUUUGAGUGGAUGAUGUACUAUUUAAAACACGAGCAGGAGUGCUUUAUAUAACAGAACAUCCUUCUGAAGCAGAACAUCCUACUUAAACACAUGCGGUAAAAAAUUUUGGAUUUUGAUCAAUAAAUAUGGAAGUAAGCAUUAACACGAGAACGAGGCUCCAGGUCAUGACCUGGAGCCUCGUUUUCGUGUCAAAGAUUAUUUCCACAUUUAUUGGUAAAAAAAAAUUCUUUUUCAUGCAUGUGUUGAAGAAGGAUGUUCUGCUUCUCUGUAAAUAGUCCUCGAGAAAAAAACUUGAAAUCCUUUCCAUUUAAGAUGGUCCUAAGUUGAAAACAAUGUAGUUGUGACGUAAUUAUCGAUAGGGUGUAUUGCCCAAGCAUGCAUGCAGUUAACAUGUCGUUUUGUGGACCGACACAUGAUACGGUUUUGACCAAUCGGCAAACAGGAAAAUUGAACUUUCACAAUUGCUGUAUAAUAAUUAAACUUGAAUUGUUUAUUUCAGGUAAUAAUGAACAAACUCUGGUUUGGAUUAAGUCUGGAAAAAUCAAUAGACCGCCCUCGCCUGCAUCAUCAGCUCUUUCCUAAUAUAAUCUACUAUGAGAGAAAUUCACCAUACAGCGUUCCUAAGCCUGUUCGCGAUGGUCUCAAGGCACUUGGACACGAGUUGCGUUGGUCGAAUAG